GUUGUAAACCACAGUAUCUGUUUCAUAUGUUCACACAGGAGUCUCUGCCCCAUGGCGCUUCUUCUGAUCUUCUGCUCUUUGGUUAUUUCUGUGUCUGUUCGAGGCGCUCUUGGAGAAGCCACUCCAGUGACCUGUCUUUUUGGACAAAGCUGCAUUUUGCCAUGCCACACCCAAGGACUUUCUGAAAUCAUGUGGUCCAAAGAUUCAUUUGGUAUUCAGUCAUUCCCCAGAAAUGACAAGAGGCACCAGUAUCACCAGCACAGAAAUUAUAGAAACAGGGCCGAUCUAUUUGACCAAGAGAUUUCCAACGGAAACUGCUCACUGAUAAUAAACAACGUCACACCUCAGGACAACGGCAUUUUUAAAUAUGUAACCAAGAGCCAAAGUGGAGGAGAACAAUAUAAAUAUUUCAAUGUACAAGUGCAUGCUCCAGUGGAGAAGGUGUACAUUGAGCGUUCAGGGACCUCUCUUAUCUGCAGCUCAUAUCGGGUGCACCCCAAACCGGAGUGCGGGCAACUUUUCAAGCUCGAGUGUUGCAGUUUUCCAGGACGACCAGCAUCUCUACUCCAUCAACUGUACCACUCCACUGCUCCACAAUGUCUCGCAACACACCUGCAUGAUCAGCACUCCAUUCAGCUCAAAGGAGGCCACCUAUGAACAGCUGCAGCCUUUGAGUCUGUCUAUUCCCAUUGUGAUCACUGCUCUACUCAUUACUGCACUCGUCACUGCCUUUGUACUCCUAAACUACAAAUGUAAAGAGAACAUUGGGACCCCAGUUUCUGACUCUAAGCUAAAUCCUUCUCAAAGUGUGUCUCAGGACACGCUCCAUGCUGGGAAGUUCAUUUGUGGUCUGCUGGGUCUGUUGUCAGCAUUCCCCCGACACUUCUUUCUGAUCUCCUCCCUGUACCUCCACAGAGAGAUGGCUCAGAACUGGAUCUUCAGCCUUAUCGUCCUGGUCACUCAAGUGGCUGGUCUGAUUUUUGCUGUGGUGAAAACAUUUUUAGUCCAAAGGUUUUCAGCACAAAAGCACACCUGGGGCUGCCUUGUCGUGAUUGUUCUCAUCUUUGUCACAAUGUUAAUUUCUAUUAACCAGCCAAUGGCUGAGGAAAUAUUUUUGGUUAUCAACAUGUGUGCACUGUGGUUGGCUACAUGGUUUUGCUGCAUGAUUGAAUAUAACCUUAGUGUAGAAGUGACUUUGCUGUCAACUCACAGUCAAAGUUUUGCACUUGGUCUGUCAUGUUCUGGGAUUUUAGCAUCAGUUGUUAUGAUCAUUUCUGUGGCCGUUAGAGAAGAUGCAGCUGCCAUUGCCAAUUGCUGUCACUCAUUAGCGAUUCUUGUUUCACUGGCUGCUCUCAUCACCUACACGGUCUUUCAGUGUCUUUUAAACCGAAAGCAUCAAACUAAAGGAGAGGCCAAGGAUGAACAGUUACCCUUAAAAGAUCAAAUAAAUAACAAUGACACAAAGCAGCCACCACAGUCCCCUGAUGCUAAUAGUACAAACUGGACAAGGCACGUUUGCACUUUUUAUGUAGCACUAGUUCCAAUGCUCACUUGUUCUGUGUAUCCUGCCGUUACAGCUGAUGUUCAAACAGCAAGUUCAGGGAUAUGGGCACGUCUUUUUAUGCUUGUGUGCUGCUUUACAAUUUUUAACAUCUGUGACUGCAUUUGCGAGUGGAUUGGUCCGAAGUUGCUUAUGAUUUCCCAGGCUGAUAAGCAUUUUUUAAUUGUAUUCCCAGUUCUUCUUAUCAUUCACACUGGGUUUAUUCCUGUUUUCAUCUUUUGGAAUGCCCAUCCAAGAGCUCACCAGUCCAACAAUGCAGUAUUCCCAGGCAUUAUGAUUUUCUUCUCUUUCUGCCAUGGCUUUUUGUCACACCUUUCAGUGUUGUAUAAGCAGGAAAGCCACUCAGGCCCAGAUAUUUCAAAAGACUUAUGGUGGGCAAUAGGAGGUACAAUAGGUGCUGUGCUUUCGUUUGCAUUCAGAGCGAUAACCUAGUUUAUUGCUCUAAAUUAGAAAAUGAAAUGAAAUGUAGCACCAAAGACUUUAAAACAACAGAAAACUUCAAAAUCAACUUGAACUUUCUGUAUAUAUUUCAAAACACACAGCUGUUUACAUCACAUUGCUGUUGUCUUCUUGAGCAAGACAGUUACAUUGUCUGUCACUGUUUUUAUGCGCUGGAUGAUAGAUCAUUGAGCCCACCCUUCAGUGUUGCUGGGGAAAGGAGCAAGGGACCCAUCUCCAGGGGACCCAUCUCCAGAUCUUGAGCUAGGUUAGGUACAGGAUGUUACCUAUGGUGCACAGGUUGCUCUAUUAACUCUAAAAUACUGCAGCUCAAAGUUUGGCAUUUUAUUUUUUUAACUUUAUAUAUAUAGGGCUCUAUUUUAACGUAUCAAUAUGUAUUUUUUGUGACUUUAUAUUUUUGUAAGAUAAUACUUGAAAUCAAUUUUGGGUUUAUUGUCCUAAAAAGGAAACUGUUGCUUUAAAAGAUAGUGAGACUGAAACGCCUUGAAUGUCAUGCCUUAACUAUUGAGAAAUGUGACUUUUGUAAAGUUUGUGCUGCCUCCAUGGGCCUCUGCAGUGUCACAAAACAAUCGUUUUAGCACUUUUUAAAAACUCGGUUUAGUUUGAUUGUUUGAUUCAUACAUUUAUCUGAACAGGGUCUCUGGUGGUCACAUCAUUUGGAACAUUUGUCAUCAGUUCACACAGUUCUCAGGCUCAUCUCUCAAUCACAAAUAGACAUGAUGUUAAAAUUCAACUUGUUUUUUCAAUACUACAUGGUCACAUGUGGUAAAGGAUGUUUAUCGUCAUGUCACUUUUAAUAUAGAAACUCAAAUAUAACAAAAAACUACAAUUUUUGAUCACCUAAACAACAUCUAUCUAAGAACAAAGGAUUUCACAGAUGAAUCAAACAGGGAGAAGGGCGUCAGCAGAGAGCAGGUUGUGUGAAUGAAUAGUACUGUGUGAUGUGUAAAUGUCUUGAUUUUCCAUAAGACAUACACAUGGCAUAUUGCAAAAGCUAUUUUGAUAUAUUUACUAUUCCAGCAUCUUUGUUUUCUUCAGCGUGAGUAUUUUUAGAAAAUAAAAUACAUCCAUUUAUAAAUAGAUAUAAAAAACACAACUUUUUAAGCCAAAGAUUCAUAUGUGUAAAUCCUGUUAUCAAAUUUUAAGGAAAACUGAAACUCUGCUUGGGGGUCUGUGUGAGCUGUUUUGCAAAUGACAGUUUGUGAUAGAGAAGUGAGUCAAAUUGAUUGAAAAAAAACGUGAAAACCCUUUGUGUUGUGUGUUUGUGCCAUAACAGUGUUUUCUGGAGAGUAUUAGCUCAGAGAUGUUUUACAGUUCAAAAUGUACAAAGCUUUAAAUAUAUAUAUUUAUUCAUUUAAAAUUAUAUCUUGACGUAGGUGUUUUAAGUGAUGGAAGUUUUAUUGCAUUACCCAUUUGCACUAGUUGCACAUAUUUUUUGACGGCAUUUUGUCUUGAUUUCUCCUGACGAACCGAAAUGCAAAAUGGCCAUGGCAAUAAUUGUAGCCUUUUGCAAUCAUGCAAAUGUUUAAGCCAUGUUUUUUUGUUUGUUUUUUUACUUAAGUGUGUGGGACUUUAUAAAGCAAUACCUAUGCCACUCAAUUCUGUGUGUAUAAUGCAAUAUCAAAUGUGAAAAUAUAUUUUGUCAGUGCCUAGAAAUCAUGCGUUUUAAUGUAAAUUAACUGAAUAGUUAGGCCCACUAAAGGUGAGGUAGUGCAGGCAAAACCUAUUUAGCACAAAAUAACAAAAGGUGAUUUUUUUUUUUUUCAUAGACCUAUAAAUGGAACUGGCAGGGCAAGAUUUUCUUUUCUCAAGAGUUUCUUUUUUGUUUUGUUUUUUACUUUUUCAGUCUAGGGCAUUGUCAUGUAUAGUACUGUGUAGGCCUACAUGCAGUAAAGAGUACUUUAAUGGGAAUUAUCAACAUUAAAAUAGUAAUAAAAAAGUUACAAAUC